AUGUCAUUUGUACAACUUCCACCAGAAUUGCUCCUUCAGAUUGAGUCUUGCAUGGACUGCGAGUCCGAUCUUGCUUCAUUAGUCCAAGUCAACCGUCAUUUAUAUCAAACACUCAUUUCACAACUCUACCGACGCAAUAUAGAGUCAGGCGGAUCAGCUAUUAUCCUUGCUGCCCAGUCAGGAAACUGUUCUACCUUGAAGAAAGCCCUCCAGGCAUGGUCAGAUUUCAAGAGUCCCGCCGAAUUACCGACUUUAUAUGGCCGCCACUAA